AUGUGGGACACCUUCUCAGUUGAUCUCCUCGCCGUGCCGCACCUGCCCCGAGCCGGAGGGGCCCGGGCUGGCGGUGCCGCUGGGCGGGGAGCGGAUCCCGCGCAGGGGCCGCCCCCGCCGCUCCCUCCGCCGCUGCCCCGCGGGGAGCCUCGGUGGGACGGCGAGGAGGACGAGGAGGAGGUGCCUUCCCGAGCCGGAGCGGGGCAGUGCGGUGCCUCUCUCUCUCCCUCCCUCCUUCCGCCUCCCCUCACGCCGCCGGCGCCAGCGCUCCUUCCGCGGCGGCCGGGACAGCCAGCGGGGUUAUCCUUUCUUGGCGGUGAAUGCUCUUACAGUCCUUCGCGCUGGGAUACAGCAUACCUGCUGCUUGUGCAGUGCUUACCAUCACACUGGCUUAUGGUGACUAAUUGUUUCAAUAAACAAACACAAUCCAGGAGGUGGGAGUGGGAACCAGAAGAUUAUAAGGGAAUUGAUGUUCAAUGGCUAGAAAGAGAGCUGACAAGGGGCUGAAAUGAAUACAACUACUAUCCUACAAGAGAUUUUGAUUAAAAGAUCACAGCAGAAGAAGAGGACUUCUCCCUUAAACUACAAAGAGAGGCUUUUUGUACUUACGAAGUCUAUGCUAACAUAUUAUGAAGGUCGAGCAGAG